AUGAGGAAGGCAUGGCAGCCUCGAGGCCUGAGUAGGCCUGACCGGCUGCUCAGAUGCCCGACGGCUCUGACAGCACAAGUACGAACGCCGGUGCGGCGGAGGAACUUCGCCACAGUCUCACAGGACUCGAGGCCCUUCGACGUCGUGGUAAUAGGCGGCGGCCACGCCGGCUCCGAAGCAUGCGCCGCGGCCGCCCGGUCCGGGGCGCGCACCGCCCUCGUCACACCGAAGCUCGACAACCUGGGCGUGUGCAGCUGCAACCCUUCAUUCGGCGGAAUCGGCAAGGGGAUAAUACUUCGGGAGAUUGAUGCGCUGGACGGGCUGGCGGGCCGGAUCAUCGACAAGGCGGGCGUGCAGUUCAAGGUGCUCAACAGGAAGAAGGGGCCUGCAGUCUGGGGCCCCCGCGCGCAGAUCGACAGGGCGCUGUACAAGAAGCACAUGCGCGAGGAGCUGGUCAAUUACCCUGGGCUGAGCGUGGUGCUGGGUAGUGUUUCGGAUAUCGUGGUUGGGCAGGCUCAGGACACAGACGGACACAGCCAGGGCGCCAAGAGCAUACCCCUCAGGGCGCAUGGGGCAGCCACCUUCGGUCUGAGCAAGUCAUUACGCGACGCGGGCUUCCAGCUCGGCCGGCUCAAGACCGGCACGCCGCCGAGGCUCGACAGGAAAACCAUAAACUACUCUAUACUUGAGCCCCAGGAGGGAGACGACCCGCCCAUGCCCUUCAGCUACCUCAACGACGCGGUCUCGGUCCAGGACCAGCUGCUCUGCCACGCGACCUACACCAACGGCGCGACGCAUGACGUCGUCCGCGCGAACCUCGACAAGACCAUCCACAUCCGCGAAACGGUCAAGGGACCCCGGUACUGCCCCUCCCUCGAGGCCAAGAUCGUCCGGUUCGGCCACAAGGAGAGGCACAUCGUGUGGCUCGAGCCCGAGGGCUUCGACACGGACGUCGUGUACCCGAACGGGCUGUCCAUGACGGUCCCGGCCGAGGCGCAGGAGCAGCUUCUGCGCACCAUCGAGGGGCUGGAGAACGUCACGAUGCUGCAGCCGGGGUACGGGGUCGAGUACGACUACGUGGACCCGCGCAGCCUGCGGUCGACGCUCGAGACCAAGGCCAUCAGGGGCCUGUGGCUCGCGGGCCAGAUCAACGGCACGACGGGGUACGAGGAGGCAGCCGGUCAGGGUGUCAUCGCGGGCAUCAAUGCGGGCCGCGCGUCGCAAGGGCUGGAGCCAAUCAGCCUCACCCGCAGCGACGGGUAUAUCGGCAUCAUGAUCGACGACCUGGUGACCAAGGGCGUGUCGGAGCCGUACCGCAUGUUCACGAGCCGCAGCGAGUACCGGCUCUCGACGCGGGCCGACAACGCCGACACGCGGCUAACGGCCAAGGGCCGGCGGUGGGGCGUGGUCUCAGACAGGCGGUGGUCGACACACACGGACGAGCAGCAGGCCAUGGCGGACCUGACCAAGGUGCUGCAGGGCCACAGCCUCCCGUCGCAGGCGUGGCUGCGCAGCGGGUUCCGCGUCAAGGAGGACACGGUGCGCCGCGACGGCAUGGACAUCCUGCGCCUGGCCAACGUGACCAUGGAGACGUUCGCGGAGCGCGGCGUCAUCCCCGAGGUCAUGGGCUUCCCGCCCCGCGUCCGCGGCAGGGUCGCCAUCGAGGCCGCCUACGCCCCCUACGUCGCCAGCCAGCUGCGCACCCGCGACAAGCUCGAGCGCGACGAGCAGCUGCGGCUGCCCGUCGACCUCGACUACGACGCCAUCUUUGGCCUGAGCCUGGUCGAGAAGGGCAUCCUCAGGGCCACGAGGCCCGAGAGCCUCGCCCAGGCGAGGAGGCUGGAGGGCAUCACGCCCGCGGGUUGCAUCCGGCUGCUGGGAUUCGUGCAGCGGGGCGGGAACACGCCCGCCGGCGAGGCCGCCGAUUUGGAGCCGCUUGCCGCCCCGGGCGAGGACCAGGAGACGAUGGAUGCCAAGGCGAGGGUCGCUGAGCUGUAA